GUGUGUGUUUACGCACACAGGGACGACGACGACGACGACCCAUUGUGUCGUAUUUUUCGAAGGCGCGCGAGGAGCGAGAUCGGUGAACCGCUGCGCGUGCCAUUGUGCGUAUUAAAGUAUAACUCCUCGUUGUCGCGGAUGAAACCAUAAGACUUUAACUGCCUGCGCAGAGCAUCUCGUGAGAUUUCGAUUGAUAUAAAAAAGAAACGCGGGUAUCGCUCGUGUAACGUUUGCACCGCGAAAACAUGCCGAAGGUAAAUACGCUGUUCAAUUACUUCACCUCGCCGAGGGGCUCGCCGGGGGCGAGAAAUUCGCCGUCCACGCCGAAGUCCAAGAGGCCGGCCGCCGACGACGGGGAUGCGACACCGAAGAGAGAACAAAAGAGCAAAGUUGCCAGAUUUGCUAAAGAUAAGACCAAAGAUAAGGAGAACAAAUUGCAAAAUCAGGACAAAAAAAGGACUCUCAAGGACGUUGAUGAUGAUUCAAUGGAAGAGGAUGAACCGGUACCUCCUAAACCCAACAAGAGAAGGAGGAUAAUUAUUCCUGAUGAGGAUAGUAAUUCAUCUGGGAGUGACUACAAACCUGAUCCUGAUGAGUCAAAAGAUUCAAGCAUGGAAAUUCCUGCUGAUGAAGUUGCAAGUGAAGCUGAACUAUCAACUGCAUCAGAAUCUGAGGAUGACAGUCCAGUUAAAGCAAAAUCAGCAUCCAGAGGUAGUAAGAAAUCAGUUACAAAAACUCCUAGCAGAGUGACAAGUGCUAGUGGAAUUACGAAAACAGAUGACAAUGAAACUGAAAAGACUGGAAAAGCAUCUGAUUCUCAAUCGUGGCCUCAUCUGAAGUAUGAUUUUUUGCAACCCGACAAAAUCAAAGAUAUCAAAGGACAUCGACCAGGCCAUCCAGAAUAUGAUGCCAAAACUCUUCAUGUGCCAUCAGAUUUUUUGAAUAAAUUGACACCAGCUGUACGUCAGUGGUGGGUUCUAAAAUCUGAGCACUAUGAUACUGUUUUAUUUUUCAAAGUUGGCAAAUUUUAUGAACUUUAUCAUAUGGAUGCUGUUAUUGGAGUAAAAGAAUUGAACUUGACAUUCAUGAGGGGAGAAUUUGCACACUCCGGGUUUCCUGAAAUUGCAUAUGGUAGAUAUUCUGCCAGUCUUAUUGAAAGAGGCUACAAAGUAGCAAGAAUUGAACAAACUGAAACUCCAGACAUGAUGGCCAAAAGAGUAGCAAAGCUCAAAAAAUCAACCAAGUUUGAUAAGGUAGUCAACAGAGAAAUUUGUCAAAUCAGUACCAAAGGCACUCGAGUCUACACUGUUCAAGAUACUGAAUCCUCAGAACCAACAUCUAAUUAUUUACUUUCGAUUUACGAAAAAACACACAAAUCAUUAUCAACUUAUGGUGUCUGCUUUAUCGAUACAACUAUAGGUGAUUUCAACUUGAGUCAAUUUGAAGAUGAUCGAUGCAAUUCUAGACUACUUACACUUCUUGCCCAUUGUCCACCUGCUCAUAUAAUUUAUGAACGUGGUAAUUUAUCAUCUACCACUCUUAAGAUACUUAAUAGUUAUCUUCCUGGAGUAAUGAAAGAAGCAUUAUUAAAAGAAACACAGUUUUGGCCAUCUACUACAGUAUUGAAGUAUCUUCAUGAAGAAGAUUAUUUCAAAAAUGAAGAAGAUUCUGAAUUUGUAUGGCCAGAUGGUAUUCAGCCUUACUUGAGCAAAAGUGACACUUUGGGUCUCACUCCAGAAGAUGAUAAGGAAUUGGCUGUGAAUGCUUUAGGUGGUUGCGUAUAUUUAUUGAAAUCAUACCAACUGGAUUACCAAUUGUUGACUCAAAAACGUUUUAAAACUUAUAUUCCACCUGAUAUCGUAAACAAAAAAGACACACAAUUUGCACAUAAUAUGGUCUUAGAUGCAAUGACAAUUAAUAAUUUAAGGAUUAUUGGAAAUGAUGGAUCCUUACUAAAAACUUUGGAUAGUUGCUGCACAGCUUUUGGUAAAAGACUAUUGAGGGAAUGGGUAUGUCGACCCUCAUGUCGAAAAUCAGUCAUAAUUGAACGGCAAAAGGCAAUCACGACUUUACUGGAUCAUCCAGAUAUUACGCAAGAAGUUCGAUCAAAACUGAAUUCACUUCCUGAUCUUGAACGUCUUCUGAGCAAAAUUCAUGCUCUAGGAAACGCAGCUAAAAUACGAAAUCAUCCCGAUUCUCGUGCGAUUCUUUUUGAUAAUUCGAUUUACUCCAAAAGAAUAAUUAAUGAUUUUAUCACAGCUCUUAAUGGAUAUGAUCAAAUUCUAAAAAUAAUAGAGAAAUUUUCAGAGUUGGAUAACGAGUUAGUGAACAAAUGCACUCGUACAGAGCCUGCUGGUGAUUUUCCGGAUUUGAAAGAUAUAUUGGAUCAUUUCAAAAAUGCCUUUGAUCAAGAAGCAGCAAAAAAAGAAGGUUUCAUUAUACCUAAAAAGGGCGUUGAUAAAGAUUAUGAUGCAGUCUUAAAUGAGCUAGCUGACAUCCAGUCAGAUCUUAAUGAUUACUUGAACAAACAAUGCCGACACUUUGGAGUAAAAGUUAAAUUCGUUGGUACCGAUCGUAAAAGGUAUCAAAUAGAAAUACCAGAAACUCAAGUUAAAAAAGUUGGAAGUGGUUAUGAAUUGACUGGUUCGAGAAAAGGCUUUAAACGAUACUAUACCGAUGAAGCUAAAGAUCUUCUGUUAAGACAACAAGCUGCUGAAGAUAGUAAAGACAAAGUUCUAAAAGAUAUUAAUCGAAGAAUAUUUGAAAAAUUCAGUACACAUUACGAUAAAUGGAGUAAUGCUGCAUACAACAUUGCUGUUUUGGAUUGCUUAAUUUCUUUAACCGAAUAUGCACGAACUUGUGAUGUUUGUAUCCCAACUAUACACGAUGAUACAGAAGAUGAAGAAAUCUUUAUCAGUAUUCUUGAAGGAAAACAUCCGUGUAUCAUAUCGGAUAAUUUCAUUCCCAACGAUACCCACAUCAAUAAAGAAAAUUUCGCUCCGCUGAUGAUUCUGACUGGACCUAAUAUGGGUGGUAAAUCCACGCUCAUGCGACAAGUGGGACUCAUAACUAUAAUGGCUCAAAUCGGAUGUCAUGUACCAGCCAGCGAAUGUAAACUGUCUCUUGUCGAUCGUAUCUUUACCAGACUAGGAGCCAAUGAUGAUAUUAUGUCCGGACAAAGUACUUUCUUGGUAGAGCUGAGUGAGACUUCAGCGAUUCUUAAACACGCUACUAAGCAUUCCCUAGUUUUGCUAGAUGAAUUGGGUCGAGGAACAUCAACUUACGAUGGAACAGCUAUUGCUGCAUCAGUAGUAGAAGCAUUAACUAAAAUGGGUUGUCGAACUUUAUUCUCCACUCAUUACCAUUCUCUGGUAGAAGAUUACAAAACCAAUCAAAACGUUACUCUUGCUCACAUGGCAUGCAUGGUGGAAAAUGACGAUGACGACAAAGUAACUGAAGAAAAUGUAACAUUCUUGUACAAAUUGAGCGAAGGAGCGUGUCCUAAGUCUUAUGGUUUCAACGCUGCCCGACUCGCUGGAGUACCAAUAAAUAUUACGAAACGCGCUCAAGAAAUAGCCACCAGAUUAGAAGCAGAAGUUAAUCUUCGUCACGCAUUUAAAACUUUAUGCAAAAUUAAUGAUAGCACAACUAUCAAGCCUCUGAUUCAACAAGGCAUUAGUAUUUUGGCUAAAUGUUAAUCAAUUUUUUUCUGUUUGUUAAGCAUGUUUCGUUGAUUAUAUGUUGAUCAUUAUGUUCAAACUCAUUUUAAAUUAACGAAUGUUACUGUAACUCGUUCUGUUAUUGAAGCCGACGUUCACAAUUUGUAAUUAAUCAAAAUGUUCAAGUAUUAUUAUCAUUGAUUGAUAUUGACUCGCGUAUAUUCGCAAAAUAAUAAUGUGUGAUUUGUUGAACAAAUAAAUUAAGUUGUUUUUUCCUUUCA